AUGGAGAAAUUUCUUUCGGUGGCGAGGCCGAGGGAGGAGCCGCCGCCGGCGGCGAAGGUGGUGCAGCAGGUGCAGAGGGUGGUGCAGGCGCUGGCGAAGGAGGCGCUGGAGCUGGAGCGGGUGGUGCAGGAGCUGGCGAGGGAGGAGCUGGAGCUGGCGAGGGCGGUGCUGGCACAGCAGGAGGAGAAGGAGGUGCUGCCGCCGGAGGAGAAGCCACCACUGCCUCUGCUCAGGAUUUCUCGGCUUUGCAAGGCAUGGGCAAGCAGAGACUCCCCAAGUCUCGAUCAUAAGCACGGUUUCGACAGGCUUUGA